ACACACACACUUUAACCUCUCCUGCAGUGCUCCUUCAGUCCAACCUUCUCAAUCUCACAGAUGCACACACACACACGUGCAUACCCAUGCUAACACACACACACACACACACACACACACACACACACACACACACACACACACACAAACACAUACACAUAUAAAUUCCCCGUCCACCCGUCAGCCGUAAGCUAGUCAUGGCAGACAAGAAGAGUGCGCCCGUGGUCAGGAGGAAGGAGAGGUUGGUGGACAAGAAGAAGGAGGCGCAGGUGGCGGUAAAGGAGAAGGCCAAGGAGGACAAGGCCAAGGAGGACAAGGCCAAGGAGAAGAAGCCCGCGGAGGUGGUGGCGAAUGGGGAGGCCGCCGUCAACGGGACCAACGGGGUAGUAGCUGACGGGGAAGCCGCGGAGAAUGGAGAAGCCAAAGUGGAGCCCAUUGAGCUGCCACCCUUCGAAAUAACGUCGGGCGACCGGAUGGACCCUUUCUUCUUCAAGUUCCAGUUUAAGAAUGUGGAGUACUCCUCGGGCCGCAACAAGACCUUCCUCUGCUACCUGAUGGACCCUGGCAAUGACGGGCUGCUCAUGCGAGGCUACCUGGAGGACGAGCACGCCUCUGACCACGUGGAGGAGGCCUUCUUCAAGCAGGUGCUACCCUACUACAACCCCAAGACAAAGUACACCGUCACCUGGUACAUGUCGUCUAGCCCGUGCGCGGCCUGCGCCGUCAAGCUGGUGGAGAUCCUAAAGGCGCGGCCCACGGUUCGCCUCACCAUCUUCUCCGCCCGCCUCUUUAUGUGGGAGGAGCCAGAGAUCCAGGCGGGGCUGAAGGCGCUGACGGCGGCAGGCUGCAAGCUGCGCAUCAUGAAGCCGCUGGACUUCACGUACAGCUGGGACACGUUCGUGGACAACGACUGUGACACCUUCACGCUGUGGGAGGACUGCCAGGAGAACUACGAGUACUACCAGGACAAGCUGGCCGACAUCCUGCAGUGACAGACCCUGGAGAUCAGUUGGAAAGGAUCAUGAGAAAACACCUGUCAAUUCCCUUACAACAACUGCAGAGCUGUAAUGCACAUCUUAGUGUGUGUGUGUGUGUGUGUGUCAGUGUUGCGCGGGUUUGGUCACAAGCGGCCCGCGGUCUCCCGAUAUUUUAA